GCAGGAACGGCGUGGAUACACUAGCGACCCGGAAGGUCUUCUCCGUACGCUCCGAAGCGGGGGGUGAGGGGGGCCGAUGGCGGAGGGAGCUGCGGCGGAGGCCCCAGCAGAGAGUGGUGGCGGUGGCGACUUAGGAGCUGGCGCGCUGGAACGGGGAGUAGCGCCUAUUAAAUCUCGAUACCUCACUACCAAGGAGCAGUUCCAUGAGUUCCUGGAAGCAAGGCAGGAGAAACCCAGCCAGGAACCCAAGGAUGGAAACUCUCAUGACUGUGCCCUGGCUGAGCCUGAGGCCAAGCGGAUCCGACUAGAGGAUGGGCAGCCAGGAGAGGGCACCACGGAGGAGGCAGCUGAGCCCGGCAAGCAUCCUCAGGCUCAGAAGCGAGCCCGGGGCCAGAACAAAGGCCGCCCUCACGUGAAACCCACCCACUAUGACAAGAACAGGCUCUGCCCCUCCCUGGUGCAGGAAUCAGCUGCUAAGUGUUUUUUUGGUGAUCAAUGUCGCUUCCUGCAUGAUGUGAACAGCUACCUGGAGACCAAGCCGGCUGACCUGGGCCCUCGCUGUGUACUAUUCGAGACUUAUGGCAGGUGCCCCUAUGGUGUGACCUGCCGUUUUGCCAGGGCCCAUCUGGGGCCCGAGGGCCAGAACCUGGUGCAGGAGGAGGUGGUCCAGGCCCCUCCCGUCCGAAAUGGCUUGGAUAAGGCUCUGCAGCAGCAACUGCGAAAGCGGAAGAUCCACUUUGAGCGUGCCGAGCAGGCCCUGCGCCAGCUAGGCAAGGGCCACCUACUAGGCCCUACCCCUUCUGUCACAGCCCCCACAGGGACAGUGAGUGCCCCAGGGCAGGACAACUGUGACACCCAGCAGGCCCCCAUAGGGCCCAGCACCGUUACCCCUCCCCGCAGCCCCAUCCAGACCUGCGGGUCCCUGACGGAUGAGGACAUAGUCAGGCUACGGCCUUGUGAGAAGAGGCAGCUUGACAUUGGUGGCAAACUGUACCUGGCUCCCCUCACCACGUGUGGGAACCUGCCCUUCCGGCGAAUCUGUAAGCGUUUUGGGGCUGACGUGACAUGUGGGGAGAUGGCCGUCUGCACCAAUCUGCUUCAGGGCCAGACAUCCGAGUGGGCCUUGCUCAAACGCCACCAUUGCGAGGACAUCUUUGGUGUCCAGCUGGAGGGUGCCUUCCCUGACACUAUGACCAAGUGUGCCGAGCUUCUGAACCGCACCAUCGAGGUGGAUUUCGUGGACAUCAAUGUUGGCUGUCCCAUUGACCUUGUGUACAAGAAGGGUGGGGGCUGUGCCCUCAUGAACCGCUCUGCCAAGUUCCAGCAGAUCGUGUGUGGCAUGAACCAGGUGCUGGACGUGCCACUGACGGUGAAGAUCCGCACGGGCGUCCAGGAACGUGUGAACCUGGCUCACCGGCUACUGCCCAAGUUGCGGGACUGGGGUGCAGCCCUGGUCACGCUCCACGGCCGCUCUCGGGAGCAGCGCUACACCAAGCUGGCCGACUGGCAGUACAUCAAGCAGUGUGUGAUGGCAGCCAGCCCCAUGCCCCUGUUUGGAAAUGGAGACAUCUUAUCAUAUGAGGACGCGAACUGCGCCAUGCAGACCGGUGUGGCUGGAAUCAUGAUUGGACGUGGUGCCCUGCUCAAGCCAUGGCUGUUCACGGAGAUCAAGGAGCAGCGACACUGGGACAUUUCAUCGUCCGAGCGCCUGGACAUCCUGCGGGACUUCACGCACUACGGCUUGGAGCACUGGGGCUCGGACACACAGGGCGUGGAGAAGACCCGCCGCUUCCUCCUUGAAUGGCUCUCCUUCCUGUGCAGGUAUGUGCCUGUUGGUCUGCUGGAGCGGCUCCCCCAGAGGAUCAAUGAGCGGCCCCCCUACUACUUGGGCCGUGACUACCUGGAGACACUCAUGGCCAGCCCAAAGGCAGCCGACUGGAUCCACAUCAGUGAGAUGCUGCUGGGACCUGUGCCGCCCAAUUUCGUCUUUGUGCCGAAACACAAGGCCAAUGCCUACAAGUAGCUGCAGGGGUGGGAGGGGGCGUUGGAGCGUCCCCUUAGCAUGUGAGAAGACAAUAAACUUUAUUCUUUUAAAACUCCGGCCUUUCUGUGACCCUGAACUGGCCCCUUCCUGCUCCCGGGAGCCCUUCCUGGACACCUGCCCGUCCUUUUCCCCAUCCCUGUCCCAGCAGCUCCCUUCCUGUCCCUUCCUCAUUCACUGAAAUCUCCCAGCUGCCCCCACAGGGCCAACCCCGUGCAGGUCGCUGCUGGGGCCCAGAGGCCUUGCUUGACCACAGAGAAGCCACUGGGGAUUAAGAGUAGGGAGAGGGGCUCCUUGGCCUGUGGGGGUAUGGAUCAGGGCGGGCUGCCUGGAGGAAGGGCUGGGAGAGCUAUCAGAUGGGCAUUGCUGGUAAAGGCAGAGGGCAGCACACUAGGCUCAGGGUUUGUCCCACACUUUGUGACACAUGUCUCUGGCUGCCUUGGUUUCCUUUCUGUCCUUGUCUACCCUCCCCCAUACCUCCAAUACCUGGAAUCCUGGCCAGUGGGAGGAACCACAGGCUGGAACUUGCUGCCAGGAGUAACCAGGCAAACAGAAUUCUCCGUGACUUCUGAGCUUGUUCUUCAGGUUCCUCCAACCUGUAUCACCCCCCAGACCUGGAGAAAGAGGUGUUUCCGGCCCCUCCAGCAGGUAUUAGGCUCCUCCCAGCCCUUGACUAGGCCCGGUGCGGGGGUUGGAGUGGACAGGGCCAUCUUGCCUGCCCCUCAGCAGCUCCCGGAAGCUGAACUUCGUCUCCUUGUUUCCCAAAGGGGCCCCCAGACCAAGGUCUGUGACCCGUCUAGAUG